AUGAGUACCCACCAAUGUGAGCCUAGGGACUUUGGUGAUCCCGAUGUGACCGGGUUUGGUGUCCUUAUUUCAUCUGGAGUCUUCAUCUUGAUGAUGCUUGGCACCGUCAUCACGGGCUAUUUCAACCGCCUCUUGCGCGAAGAAAGGUAUAAUGCGCUCGAUAACUUAAUUCUCGACACCGUCUACAGGAUCUUCCGUGCUACAGGAAAAAGAGAUUCCUGCAAGGGAUACGAAGAGAACCGCAUUGAGGAUUUCGAGAAAUUUGUCGUGACAAUGAGCGACCAGCAAUUAGUGACGGGAUACUCACUUAUACUCGCCUCAUAUAUGAUUCGCUCCGGCGUCGCAGGUCUGGACAACACGAUAUCAGCCUACUCGUACUGUAUGGCUGUGAACUUAGCUCUGUUAUCAUGCGUCACCCACCUUUCGUCCAUCACAAUCCUGCGCAGCUACCACGACAAAAGUCCACGUCUUAGAGAUGCAAGAACGAUUGUGAUGCUUGUGGCUCUUGGUUUCCUUCUUCCACAACUUGUGGCUAGUCAGCUUCUGGAUUCAUCUCAAACAUUGCGAUGUGCUCUGAAUGAGUUUGGAGGUGAUACUACACUGUAUUGGCCCGGCACCGACAAGUAUGAUCAGACUAUCUUCUUUGCGACCUUGGCUAUUGUUGGUAUGCUCGUCUGUGGGUAUCUGCGCAGGAUACUAGAGCUAUACAUCCCAAGGGUCAGGGAGUCACCCGAGGCUUGGGCGGCGGAAAGUUGUGCGGCCUUGUUCUCAUGGCCGAGCAAAGAAGGCCUUGAUAAGUUCAAUGCUGCUGCCUCUGAUGGCCAGUUGGUUAAAGCGAUAUGGCUCUCAGUUGGACCGAAAGGGCGAUUAUAUGACCAUUUCGCUUUCGCUGGUAUAAUUCUCGGUGAGCUGAGAGGCUCAUUCUUUGCGGAGAUUGUUUGGCUCUUAUUUUACUGUACCUUUGCGAUAUGUCAGAUUUGCUUUUUUAUUGUCUGGGGGUCGGAUUCUAGGGCAAAGCAAUCUCCCAUUAGCUUUACACCACAAUUUGGGCAGAUUCUUCCUCUGGGUAUGCUAUUCCUUCCGCUGCUCUCGGCCUUGGAGCUUUAUACGCGUAAGAAUAUGUACAUCCUAUCUACAUCAACCGUUGUUACUUACGCAUUUCGAGUGCAGGAUUAA